AUGCUACUGCAGCAGCAACAGCAGCAGCAGCAGCAGCAGCAGCAGCAGCAGUUUAAUUUGUCAGCAGCAACAGCAGCAGCAGCUCCUGUCUCUCCUUCUGCCUCUGUCCCCUUCUCUGUCUCUCCUCAAGGUACCCCACAGGGGCCCCCCAGUGCAGGGGGCCCCCAGGGGGCCCCCAAGGCGGGGGGCCCCCAGGGGCCCCCCAAGGGCCUCGCGCGCAGCUUGAAAUCUAUAUCCCUCUUGCCGCCGAAGAGAGGGGGCCCCCCCAGCAGCAGCAGCAGCAGCAGCAGCAGCAGCAGCAGCAGCAAAGCAUCUCCUGCUGCGGGAACUAAGAAAGGGGCCCCCAGCAGCAACCUGCUGUCUCCUCAGCCCCCAGCUGCCUAUACACCCCAAACCACCGCCGCAUCGCUACCCCCCACAACACCCAUCUCCAUACCCUUGCCUCCCCUGCAGCAGCAGCAGCAGCAGCAGCAGCAGCAGCAGCAGCAGCAGCAGCCGAAGGAGAAGCAGCAGUUGCCUUCUCUGUCUUCACCUGUGUCUGGAUCUUUUGCUGCUGCUCCUGCUGCUCCUCCUACUCCUCCUGCUGCUGCUGCUGCUGCUGCACCUCCUGCUGCUGCUGCUGCACCACCAAAGGCAGCAGCAGCAGCAGCAGCAGCAGCAGCAGCUUCUCCCCCCGUUGCUGCUGGGGGGCUGGCGCCCCCCAAGGGGCCUUCAUCUCCUUUCCCUAACAUAGAGUCUGCGGUAACCAGCGAAAAGCAGCAGCAGCAGCAGCAGCAGCAGCAGCAGCAGCAGCAGGAGGAGCCGAAGAAGAAUGUAGAGGGGUCAGGUCCCCCACUGAAGAAAGAAGCAGACAGCAGCAGCAGCAAGGAGACACAGCAGCAGCAGCAGCAGCAGCAGCAGCAGCAGCAGCAGCAGCAGAAGGCGCAGGAGACACCCGGUGGGGGGCCCCCCAAAAAGGAGACAAAGACAGAGACAGAGAUAGGGGGCCCCCCCCCCCAUAAAGAGACAAAUAAAGAAAAAGAAAAAGAAAGAGAGAAAGAAAGAGAUAAAGAAAAAGAAAAAGAAAAAGAAAAAGAGAGACAAAAACACCACAAAGAAACAGAAAAAAACCCUAAAACACAAGGAGACACAGACGCUUCAGCCCCGGAAGAGCCCCCAGGUGCUGGCUGUGUGGCGAUGUACAUUUCGCACAUAAAGGCCCUGAAGGGAGAGGACCCCGAGCCGCGGACAUUUCAGAUAGUUUUACACAGCAGCCAAGAAGACCCCAUUGCUCUCGUGGGUUUAGGGCCUCUACCCCGGGGCCCCUCGUCACUGAGCAGCACACAACUCGAUUGGAGCCGAAGGGGGGCCCCCCGCGAGUUUGUAAUUUUGAAGAAGAGGUAA